UGGUUAAUCAACUAUCGAGUGUGCCUGUGCAAGUCUGCCUCGCCGCGUUCAGUCGCGCGGACGUGUUGUUUCGCGCCAAAAUGAUAGCUCCGUUCCGAUUUCACGCAUCGAGAGUUUAAACGAUCGCUUCAACUGUUAUUUUUUACUCUGAUCAAAAUCAACAGUUUUUAGUGAUGUGAGUGAUAAUAAGUGACUAGUGAUUGUAUCUGUUUUAAUUUUUAUUCAAAUACACAAUGCAAACAGUUAAUUUUUUUGAUUAUUUGUCAAGUGUGAACGAAAUUGCACUGUUGGGAAAAUGUUGACAGGAUUCCUAGUGUUGUGUGUGCUCCUUUUAAAUAUAUUCCCGUCAGGGUUGUGUUCUAGUCUACUAUGCGGGCGCACAGAGAAGUUGGAGCUUGGCAGCAACAGCGGCGCGGGGGCUGCGCUCGCGCUGGCUCUAGUGCGGCCUCCCUCUGCACCCCGAGCCCCUUGCCAGCUCAGUCUUACUGCCCCUGAGGCCGCGGCCUUCGCUGUCAGGCUUAUUGAUGUUAAGGAGUCACUAUCAGAAUGGGACCGAGGUAUUCUGACGGACCUCCAGGUGCCGCCAGUCGCCGGCGCACUCAACCGCAAGUGGAGUGCGCGGACAGCUGCUCACGCGCAGGACACGGCGACCGACCAAUCAGCGCCCGUUAACAACAGCACUGAUGCCUGCAAGCUGCUUAUUUACAUCGGAGACGCAAAAACACCGAUGUGGCGUCUAAACCUCUGCGGAGGAAAUGCAGCAGCCGUGGCGGCGAGAGCUGGAACCAAGCUGCUGCCUUCCAAGUUGAGGAUCGUGUGGAACCCCCCCACUUCGCCCUACCAGCACACGGAGAAGUUACGGCUGGUCGUUACUGCGAUUAAUAGUGGUUCAAUCUGUACCAACGACUCCCAAUUCGUUUGCGGAGUGACCAGUCUCUGCAUAUCCUCGUACCUCGUCUGCGAUGGAGUUCGUCACUGUCCUGGUGGAGAAGACGAAGACCCAGGUGCCUGCUCUCAUAGACACGAUCCUCCGUUACUGGAACUCCUGAGAAGGUUUGCUGCAAGGAACCAAGAGCUGCUUGGGUUGGACCAACCUGAUGGCAUGACGAAGCCUUCGGUUAUAAGCGAUUUGACCCUUUCAGUGAAGAUCAGCGAGUCGGAGAAGCCGUCGAAUGCCUUCAUGGAGUUCGCGGCAGCUCUGGAGCCGUACGGACCCUGGAGUUAUAUGGUAGUCGGCAUGCUGGUCUGCGCUACUAUACUCAUGUUCUGUUUGGCUUGGGAAUGCUGCUGCAAACGUUCAAAGCCAUCAGACACUCCAGUCACCAUCCCGCCAUCUUGCAUCGACCUGUCACCAACAGUCACAGUGACAGCUGCAUCCCAGCAACUGUUUACGUCCCCCCUGCCUCCCUCGCCGCCGGAGUACGAGCCUCCCCCGUCGUACUCCUCACUGUUCCCUCGCGCCUUCAAGUCUUCACCAACGCCGGUACCACACUGCUCUCAUCAGGAACCUCCGGAUUGAAGUGCUGGGUAACUGAUCUAGCUAGUUCGUAGGUAGAGUAUUGCAAUUCUUAGGGUUAAGUCUACAAGUGUUUGACACGGAUUUGUUUUGUUGAUUGCUUCUUGUGGUUGGUGUAAAUUUUGCUGUUCUCUUGUGUAGUCAUCUAAGAAGGAGCUAGUAACGCUCGCACGAGUCGAUCGAUCAUAAGGCUGAACAACGCCUGGCGCGUUGUGUCGCUUUAUAGAAUACAUGAGUAUUCAGCUGAUUCAGCUGCAAAUGGUUAGACUGAAAGCCGAACCCAACAUAGUUGGUUAGGCCGGUGAUGAUAGAGAUAGAGCAACGCAAGCUAAGGUGCAAACUAUUGUCCUUAGCGGCCAUUUUACUCUUAGUAUGGCGUGAUUUAUGGUACACACAGCUGCAGCAAAAUUAACAUUAAUCAGAAAAGGCCGUAAGUGAUGGAUGAUUGUAUGAAUUUAGGCAAACUAAACUAUCUCAUUAGAUUUGGCUUGCCUUGUAAGUUGGGCUUUUGUGGUUUACGGAUGACACAACUUUGCGUUAACACCGACUUGUAAAGUCACAACAUUAGGCUGAGCGAGAGGCAUUUUAGACUGUGACGCGUACUUUCCCGUAUUUCUUCUUUUAUGUUAAUUGCAUGAUUAACUUGUUGUGUAUCAGUUAACUAUUCUUAUUUAUUUUUUCCUAUAACUAUUUUACUUUUGUGUCGUAUAUGUGUCAUGUUAUCAUUCUCGUUCUUUAUCUUACUCAGUCAUUGCCUCUGACUAAAUUCACGUCCCUCUUUGGAUUUACCAUCAUCAUAAACUUAAACAAAAGAGUGCUGAGUUGUGUCAUGUAGGACUACACUAUGACGACCCCAAGUUAGAGUCUGACACCUAUUUUAAUAUCACCAUCUCUUUGCAAUCACUCUCUUUGGUUCGUCAUAGUAAGGCCCUAGUAACCUACUGAAGUCGAAUGAGUCGUGAUAAAUGACGUAACUUAAUAAAAUGUCUCGAUACGAUAUUUUUAUUAUAAGUAAUUAGGUAUUCACCUGUUUAAUUAAUACGACCGCUAUACUAGACGACCAAUGAAUCAUUACAUAUGGAAUUCAAGGAAAAAUUGACGCAUUUAGUAACGAACUGAUGACUAGACGGAACCUUUGUUUAGAAUGGCAAUUCCAAAUGUAAACAGCUCUUAGUGUUCCAGUAAUAAGGGUCAAUUUACUUUGAAUUUGUUACUACGGAGUUUCCAGGGAAAUUCUAGGUCUUAAGAUACCUAAAAUUCUUUUCAGUACCUAAUCUGUUUGAGGUCUUAAUGAAAGAAGAGCAAAUUAUAUUUAAACAUAUGAACGCCCAUAAGUAAAAAAAAAGAAGAUCCCGACAAACGGAGAACCUCCUCCCUUUUCGGAAGUCGGUUAUUAAAUACAUAUUGACCUUUCUAUAAUUUCUUUGAUCUGGUAUUACUGGAAUGCAAGAUUGUCAUAGUAAUUCUCUGAAUAGUUAUGGGUUUAAGACCAAUGAACAGACACUAUUGUAAGUUUUAUUAGUUAAUAUGAUAUUUCAAUUAUUAUUGUAAUUAAAAGUACAGACGGUAGCUAAUACAAAAGCCAUGUAGUGACAAGUACAAUAGGAUAACGGUUUUUUUAUUAUAUUUUUUUCAAGUUUUACACGUAGGUUUGAAAUUAAAUAAGUAUUAAAAGUUUUUGUGUUAUGGGACCAAAUACCUUCGUGAGAUUCACUCAAUAACAACUCUUCAGUUUAAGAUUUUAAAAAUAAAAAUAAGUAUGUGUGUCUGUAAAGUGCCUUAGUAUUUGUAUAGUCCCUGAUUAAAGUGUAAUAUAAGAUAAUAAUUAGAAUUAAAGUAUGUAACAUGACUAUUUGGUAAAGCUGAGCGAUAAACUGUUUACGUUUUGGCGCCCUGCGCAAUUUAUUAUCUGUGUUAUUAUAUUUUUUAUUUUUAUUUAAAUUCAGAAAAUGUCGUUAAAAAAUAUAAGGUAUCGUGUCUGUGCUCCGUAAAGUUUUGCUAGUCUUCUUAGUAUCUUUAUAACUUUCGAUUUGUUAUUAGUAUUUUACUUUAAUACUUGAUAUUAACCCGUAUUAUGUAUUAGUUUAUGAAACUGAAUUCCAUGCAUUGUAAAAAAUGAAAGUGAUAAUUUUGUAUUAUAGUAAAAUAUUAAUAUUUAAAAAUUAUAAAAAAGAUUUAUUUUA